AACUGAAGUAUUUAAGAUGUUGGCUGAGUUAAAGAGACAAGGGCGUUUAAUCUACCAACCGUUGCCGUUCAGGAUAGGACAAGGUGACUACGUGUUUCUCCAACAUGGGGCAUCAGCUGAUUUCGAAAUAGCUGAGGAGUACUUGAAAUCAGGAAAGUGUGAAUUCUACAAAGGGAAAGAACGUCUUUUGUAUCUGCCAGAAUCCCUCGUCCUUCCGAAAGGCAGUCCUCUCAUUCAUGCUAUCAAUCACAGGCUGAGGAGACUUGAGAUGUCUGGGAUCUUCUCGAAAUGGAGAAAGGAUGCUUUUCCCUUGCUAAACAGGUGCUCUUAUUCCCCAGAGAAGAUACUUGUCAAGGAGAGCCUCAAGUAUAGUAGCAUACGGGGUAUGUUGCUGCUGCUGGCAAGUGGUCUCAUGGCUGCCCUGGUUGUUUUCUUCCUUGAGCUAAAAGUGGCCAGGAUCACCAUUCACCAGACAAUCACAAACAGCACGUGAAUACAGGGUCUAUAUUAUAUACAUAUACUUACAUAGACCUUACUUGAAUAUGCUAGUUAACAAUUCAUGGAGUUCAUUAUAUACGAUUUUCUUUCUAAAUCUGAAUACCCUGCAAAA